AUGAUAAGAAAAGUAAUAAAUGUUGUUCCAGUAAGAUGGAUAACAAUUAAAUCUUGUUUGAGAAAUAAUAAAGAAAAUAUCAAAGAAACUAUUGCUAAAAGAUAUAAAAAGAUGCUUGAAGAUGAAAAAUUAAAUGACAAGAAAUUAAGUCAAAAAAAAGUAUUAUCUUUUGAUAGUUUAGCUGUUGAAAAUUUUUUAAAAAAUCAGGAUAAGGAUUUAUUUGAUAGAAUCUCUAGACAUAAUAUGGCAACAACAUCAAAUGAAGAAAAUGAUGAUGUCAAUUGUUCAAAAGAUCCAUCAUUUCCUAUGAGAAACACAACUAAUAUUGACUUUGUUCAGGAAAAUAAUGAGUCUGACAAUGUUUUCAUUAAUCCAGAAAUGGAAAAAGGUUAUCAUGUAACUACUGGUGAUUUAUAUCAAGAUUAUCAGGAAGGAUGUGUUGGAGAUUUAGAGGCUGAUGAAUUGACUAUUCCUGAAGUAACAUUACAUGGUCCUGAAGAUGCUGUUGAAAGAAUAGAAUUUCAACUUCCAGGACAAGCAGCUAAUUUAAGUAGUAAAAAAACUUCUUUAAAAACUCCAGAAACAAAUGAAGUUGAAGCUUUAAAUGAGGAAAAAAAUAUUGAAGCUGAUAUUGAACCAUCAAAAAAAACUUGUGUUGGUUGUGGAGCAAAUUUUCAAUGUAAUAAUACAUCUUUACCUGGAUUUGUACCAUUUAACAAAUUUUUGGAAAUUGAAAAAAAAACAUUCAAUAGAAAAAAUUCUAAUGAAAGCUAUAGUAAUGUAUUGUGUAGGCGUUGCCAUUUACUUAAAGAGCACAAUUUUUUGCUUAAUGUUGCUGUAUCUCCAUUAGAUUAUGAGGAAAUGAUGGGACAUUUAAAAUUAAAAGAGGCAUUAAUACUUUUAGUUGUUGAUGUUACUGACUUACCAUAUUCUAUUUAUGAAAAACUACCUGAUAUUAUUGGACAUGGAAAACCAAUAAUUGUUAUUGGAAAUAAGGUUGAUUUACUACCACCAGAUGCUAAAGAAGGUUAUUUGAAAAAUUUUAGAAAUGUUGUAUUUAAUACUUUAAAAGAUAUUGGUUUUAAUGAAAAAUUUAAUAUUCUUCAUAUUGCAUUGGUGUCAGCUAAAACUGGAUAUGGAAUUGAAGAAUUAAUUACACAAAUUUAUAUGAAAUGGACAAAUUUAAAAGAUAAUAUUAGAAGUGAUAUAUAUUUAGUUGGUAAUACUAAUGCUGGAAAGUCAUCUAUUUUUAAUGUCUUUCUUCAAAGUGAUUUGUGUAAAGUUAGAGCUAUAGAUUUAAUUGAAAGAGCAUGUGCUUCACCAUGGCCUGGAACUACAAUGUCAUUAUUAAAAUUUCCUGUAAUGAAUAUAUCAUCACAAAAAAUGGAAAUUCGUAGAAGAAGACUUCUUAGAGUUCAAGCAUGGUUAAAUAGGGAGGAAAGAAGUAAGUUGAUGUUACUACGAAAAAGUAAAGAUAAUAGAUAUGCAACAUUAAUGGGAUAUGUGGAAAAUUCUUUUAAACAUAUUGAUGAUAAACAUCAACCAACAUCUGAAUCCAAUAUAUCAGCUGCUUUUGGAUUUGAAAGUAGUUUACAAUCAGAUGAUAUAGAAGAAAAAAAAAUAAGAGUUUUUAAUCCUAAUGAUCCAACUUUUGCUAAAGGAACUUGGUGUUAUGAUACUCCUGGUGUUGUCAAUGAGUCUCAAUUAAUGAAUAUUUUUACUCUUAAUGAAUUAAUAAAAAUAUUUCCAAGAUCAAUUUUAUCUCCUAGAACAUUUAUUUUGAAUGGGGGGCAAAGUUUAUUGAUAGGAGGUAUUAGUGAAAUUUCAAAUAAAGAAGAUACUAUUUUUGUAACAGUAUUUUGUUCUGAAAAACUUCCAAUAAAUACUAUGAAUAGUGAUGAAGUGGAUGAAUUUUUAAAACAAUAUUUAGGAAAAUCUAAUUUAGUUGUUCCAUGUGGAAAUGAAAAAAGAAUGGCACUUUAUCCAAAAUUAGAAGGAACUACAUUUGAGAUAUAUGGAAAAGGUAAUGAUAAAGGUUCUUGUGAUAUUACUAUAUCAAGUAUUGGUUGGUUAAUGAUAACAAGUAAGAAAGAUCAAAAAAAUAUAAUUACCGUUAAAACUCCAUCUGGUAAAGGAAUAUUUUUAAGAGAUAAACCAAUGCUUCCAUAUAGUAUAUCUUAUCGAGGAAGCCGUAUAGGUGGUACUCAAGAAUAUAAAGUAAAACCUUUAAAUAUUUCUGUGCUUAAAAAACCAAUAAAACGUAAUGGUAAGAAAUCUUUCAAAAAACAAUCAAAAAGAAAAUAUUAA